GAGUGGAGGUGGACAUUUUAAAGGCAGACUAACAGGUCUUUGAGGGUCAGAAUUCUAGCUGAUAGACAGGUGUUCAAAUACUUAUUUGCAGCUGUAUCAUACAAAUAAAUAGUUAAAAAAUCAUACAUUGUGAUUUCUGGAUUUUUUUUUUAGAUUAUGUCUCUCACAGUGGACAUGCACCUACGAUGACAAUUUCAGACCCCUCCAUGAUUUCUAAGUGGGAGAACUUGCAAAAUAGCAGGGUGUUCAAAUACUUUUUUUCCUCACUGUAUCUCAAUCGUGCAGGUUUCGUCACUCCCUCAGUUCUGAUUACACCUGCAUAUCAUUACACACACACACACACACUUUUUGCCUGUUCUCAUAGCAUCUCUGAGACUCCAGAACUUUUUACUAUGUCAAACAUACCCGUGUCUUCAUUAUUGCCUGCAAGUAUCAUCACAUUGAGUUAUCUCGUUUGAUUUGCUGCAUGAAUCAGUAAAAAUGGUUAAUAACAAAAAACUGUGAAGAAAGUUCCUCCCUCAAACCACAGAGAGAAAUCCAACAUGAGGGAGGAGUCGAGACAUGCUGCACAAUGUGAAUCUCUCUGAGUAAUGAUGAUGAGGACUCUUCAUCACAGGCUCAAGUUAAUGAGUUCUCCCAGUCUGAGUGAUUUGGGUCGAUCAGCUGUGCCGCCAGACGACAGAAACAAACAAUACGGAGCUGGAACUAACGCUACCUGGAACAGUAUCCACAAUGCCGUGAUCAGUGUGUUCCAGCGGAGUGAUCUGGGCGAGUAUGAGCUGUACACACUGAAUGAAGGGGUCAGACAGCUGCUGAAAACAGAGUUGGGCUCCUUCUUCACAGAGUAUCUGCAGAAUCAACUGUUGACGAAGGGAAUGGUGAUUCUACGAGAUAAGAUUUGCUUUCAUGAAGGUCAGAAGCUUCUGGACUCUCUGUCAGAGACGUGGGAUUAUUUCUUCUGUGAUGUUCUGUCCACACUGCAAGCCCUCUUCUACCCCGUACAGGGGAAGGAGCCGUCUGUCAGACAGUUAGCUCUUCUGCACUUCAGGAACAUCAUUACUCUGAAUAUAAAUCUGGAUGAAGCUUUGAGUCGCCCACGCGCUCGUGUGCCGCCGUCAAUCGUUCAAAUGCUGCUCAUCCUGCAGGGUGUUCAUGAGUGUAAGAGUGUGUCGAGUGAGUAUCUGAAGUUGGAGUCUCUCAUUCAGAAGGUGGUGUCGCCGUAUUUGGGAACACACGGUCUAUUCUCCAGCGACGGGUCCAUCACGCAGUGCUCAUGUGUUCUCGAGAAGCGUCUGUUGCAACGGUGGCCACGAUCCAGUGACUCACCAGCCAAGAAUCCCGUGGUUCGCUCCAAAAGCUACAACAUUCCCAUGCUGACGCCCGUGGCCGAAUCCAAUUCUGACAGCGGCACGGGAAUCCGCCGGCAUUCCGUGUGUCAGAUGACUUCCUGUCUGGAAGAGCCCAUGUUCUUGGAGGUGCCGUCCAGUCCGGUGGCGGUGGCGGUGGCGGUGGAGAGUUGUGAAGAAGCCGGCACUACUUCGUCUUCUCCACCCAUAUUCCCCGAGCUCUGCUGCAACAGCGGACGGGACGCAACCCCCCACAACAGUCGGCCUUCCAGUCCAGAGACUGUCCAGGAUCAGAAUCUGGAAUCUCUAGACUCGGACAUCAAGGGUAUCUUUAUAGACUUUUGCCGGCAGCGGUCUUGCUCGUCUGAUUGUGAGAGUGUCGCAUAAUUGUCCUUCACACUUAAAGGUGUUGUAAGUGAUUUUACCCGUUCUACUUCCUUGAACCUGAGCUGUUGAAUUAGCCACGGCCCUCUUUCUAAAACCCUGCCAUCCAAAUAUAACAAAUUAGCUUUUUUGAGACCGACAUUGUGCAGAAAUGGCUGUUAAACACAACAGCAGCACAACAGCGCCCUCUACUGGCAACUGUUAUGAACAACAUGGCAUAAAAAUGGCAUUAAGCCUCAAUAAUUCAAUACAGCUACAAUACUAUGAGAACGAGCGACAUGAUUGACAGGUCGAAAGCGUCAGAGACCGCAGACACAUGUUUGUUUGUUGUUUACAGAGUCUAGUGAUGUCACAGAGACCGGAGAGAUAUCUCACCACACUUAUUUCAGUCAUAGCUUUCAGGGAGAAGGACUUUUAUUCUAAACCUUUCCAUGAACAAAUCACUUACAGCACCUUUAAUUCUCAUCAUGGGAUUAUAGUGUGUUCAAAAUAGUGUUCUAGCAUACUACUCGUGCUGUAUCUCCAGUGUACUAGAUCUAUACUCACUUUACAGUUUAGAAGUGUUUUGCAUUUGGUAUCGAUGAUUGUUAACAUCUUUUUAACUUUUUUAACUCUCAAAAUUGGUCUUAAAAUGCAAAAUAAGUGUUUUUAUUGGUGAGAUGAUAACUGCAUACAAUGACACCAAUGAAUGCGUUUACAUGCACAGUCUUAUACCGAUCACGCUUAAUACACUGACAUAAUGUGGUCAUGUAAACAUAUAAAACAUAUAAAACAUAUGCACAAGUUUAUUUUUGCCAAUUGCAUGUAAUCCACUUAACCAGCUUCUUGCCAUCUUAUGCAAUGUCUGUAAGUGUUGUCCGCUUUGACGUUAACGGUUUGACAUUAAAAACAAGAUAAUCAGAUGAUUCUCAUGUAAAGGCAGUUUUCCUGACUUUCAGAUUGUUUGAAUAAACAGAUUUUGUGCAUAUUGCCAUACAUGCAAACACGCUCACUGUAACUAUUGUGUAAAAUGAUUUGGUUGAAUAUUGCAUACUGUAUACUUCUUUAAAACACUAUACAGUUUAGUGCGUAGUACGCAUUAUGCAGUGCAGAGUACGCAUUAUGCAGUGUGUAGUAACCAUUGUGCAGUGCGUAGUACGCAUUAUGCAGUGUGUAGUAACCAUUAUGCAGUGUGUAGUAACCAUUAGAACUUGGAAGUUAUCAUUUAUACAACCUCUUCCGAAAAAAGUGACAGCAAAAAAUUUAGAGGACUUUCGUCCUGUGGCUUUGACAUCAAUACUCGCUAAAAGCAUGGAAAGAGUAGUUAGCUACCACCUUAAACCAUACAUAUUAGAGCAAUUAGAUGUACUGCAAUUUGCAUACAAAUCAAAAAGAGGGACAGAGGAUGCCAUGCUUACCAUGGUCGAUACAAUUGCUAGUCAUCUACAACGAGCAAAGGCUUAUGUGCGUGUUCUUUUUAUCGACUAUACCUCUGCUUUUAAUACCAUGCAGAUACAUUUGCUCCUGGAACGUCUCCUGGUUCUAGGUGUAAAUGGAGGAAUAGUG